AUGGAGAAAAGUAAGAGUAACUGUGUGAGAAAAGGUGCAUGGACACAUGAAGAAGACAAGUUACUCAAAGCUUGUAUUGAAAAGUAUGGUGAAGGAAAAUGGCAUCUAGUUCCACAAAGAGCAGGAUUGAAUAGGUGCCGGAAAAGUUGUAGAUUGAGAUGGUUAAAUUAUUUAAACCCCACUAUCAACAGAGAGAGUUUUGCUGAGGAUGAAGUUGAUAUGAUCUUAAGGUUACACAAACUCUUAGGGAACAGAUGGUCAUUAAUUGCUGCAAGGCUUUCGGGAAGAACCGCUAAUGGUGUGAAGAAUUAUUGGCACACACAUUUAGGCAAGAAGAUGAUGGUUUCUAAAGAGCUAAAAGAAAAGAAAGAAAAAUCUAACAAAAUUAUGAAAGCCCAUGAAAUUAUUAAACCUCAACCUCGAACUUUCGCAUCCUAUUCACCAUGGUUGAAUGAGAAACAUAUUGCAAAACCAAUUGUGGCGGUUUCAACUAAAGAUGCUAGUGUGGCGAAAGAUAGUGACAUAGAUACUCUGGUGCCAAUUAAUGAUAAUGGAGAUCAUGCUAUGUGGUGGGAAAGUUUGUUGAACUUGAGCAAUGAUAAAAUUGGCUCAAGCUCUUUACUACAAGAAGAGGGAAAUUCAAUUUUAGAGUUACCAAAUGUUGAGAACAUUUUUAUUGAAGGCUCCAAUGUCAAUGAUUUUCAUUGGGAUUCCGUCCUUUGUGAAUUUGAUUCUCUUUGA